AUGAUUCGGGCUUUGCUUAUAGUAAGUGCUUCGGGUAGUUUGGUUUACCAUAAGAUAGUGUCUCCUGAACUAGUUAAGUCAGUGGAGGUAGAUAAGGUCAUUGCUUUGGCAAGUACUAUUUAUGCAGGUUUAGAGAUUCUAGAAGAAAGUCAGCUAUGUACUAGAGAGGGAAAAUACCAACAAGUGACUUUUACCUACGAAAAGGCCAGUUUAACUACUCUACGAACAGCAACUCGUUUGAUUUUUGCAGUUCUACAUGAUAAUUCAGCCGAUAAAACCAAAAUUAAAGAUUGGGUCGAACGUAUCCACUCCAGAUAUAUCAAUCAAGUACUAUACAAUCCUCUUUAUUCUGUGGAAGAGAGUAUUACAACCACUGUAUUUAACGAUCUUUUCUGA